AUGGUGAUGACCAAGAGCAGCAAGAUGCUCAACUACAUCAACUACCGCAUGAAGGUGACGCUGCAGGACUCGCGCGUGCUCAUCGGCUACUUCAUGGCCUUCGACAAGCACAUGAACCUGGUGCUGGGCGACUGCGAGGAGUUCCGCACUCUCAAGGCCAAGGUCAAGUCGGCGGUGUCGGAGGAGCGCGUGGAGAAGCGCCACCUGGGACUCGUGCUGCUGCGUGGCGAGAGCGUCGUGUCGCUCACCGUGGAGGGACCUCCGCUCGCCAAGGAGAACGAGACUGUCGGCCCGAGCGGCCCCGGCGUGGCGCGCGCGGCAGGACGCGGUAUCCCUGCAGCUCCUGUUGGCGCACCUCCCAUGGGACUUAUGGCGCCUAUGCGCGGAAUUGGAGGCCCGGCCCCGGGCAUGAUGCAGCCAGGACAAGUGGCGGCAAUGGCACAACCGCAGGCGUACGGCCGUGGUCGCGGAAUUCCGGGACCCCCCGGCGGCAUGAUGCCUCCUCCUCGACCGAUGCCUGGCAUGGGCAUGCCGCCUCCGGGAAUGGGCCCGCCGCCCGGCAUGGGAAUGGGACCCCCGCCCGGCAUGGGAAUGAUGCCCCCGCCGGGCAUGCGAGGCCCGCCGCCAGGCAUGCGCGGCCCGCCUGGCCAGUAA